AAUUAGAUCUCAAAAUUAGACUUUUCCUUUUAACCAUAACCAAUAUUUUAUUAAUUCCAAAUACACUAGGCUAGUUAUCAAUAUUUCGAAAAAAAAAAAAUAAAAUUAACUUCAAAAGAAUCCCAAAUAUAAUCACAAAAAUUAGUAUAAAAACAAAAAUCUUAAUCCAGCAAAUAAGGAAAUAAAAAAAUAUCUCUUACAUUCACCGCAAUAUUUUCUCCUUUGGUCAUCAUCUUCUUCUUCUCUCUUUCUCCAUGAUCACCUCUGUAACUUGUACUGUAACAGUAACAACCACCUGAAAAACAAACUUCAAUUUAUUUCCAAAACAAAAUGCAAAAAUCAAACUUUAAUUUAGCUUUACCCAAAAAAUCAAUCAACAACAGUUCAAGACAGCAGCUUAUUGAUUCCCUUACAUCUCACAUUUCUCUUUACAAUUCAAAAAUCCCAUUUUCUAACCCUAACCCUAACCCUAGAUUGUCAAUUAUCAAAUGGUUCACUUCGCUUUCGGUUGCUCAACGUCAAGCUCAUUUAACAAUUGUUCAUUCAAAUUUCGUCAAAAUUGUUGUACAAAUGCUUGGGAAAAUCGAAUCGAACGGUCGGGGUUUUUUCUUUAUUUUGCCGGAUUUGCCGUUGGAGGGUUCUAAUCUUCCGAGUAUUUUGUUCAGGAAGGCGGAUGGGUUGUUAGCUAGGGUAGCGGAGGGGAAUGAGUGGGAAAGGAAAGUGAGGAACUCGGUGAGGAUUUUCGGGUCGAAAGAAGGGGAAAAUGGGUUUUCGGGUUUGUUGGAUUUUGUUGAUUGUUUGAGUGUCAGUGAGGAAUUUGUUGGAAAUGUGGAUGAUUUUGUGAGGGUAAUGGAUGGUGUUUCGGAUGGGAGGUUUUUGAGGGGGGAAGAAAGUGGGUUGAGUGAAGAAUGGGUGGAAUUGGGGUGGUUGAAAGCCAAGGGGUAUUAUAGUAUCGAGGCGUUUUUGGUGAAUAGGUUGGAGGUGGCGUUAAGAUUGGCGUGGUUGAAUCAUAAUAAUGGGAAGAAGAGAGGUGUGAAGUUGAAAGAUAAGGUGAAUUCUGUAGGUGUAGGAGCUAAUGCAUUUUGGAGGAAGAAAGGGUGUGUUGAUUGGUGGGGAAAGUUAGAUGAAGCAACAAAGGUCAAUAUUCUUCUUCUUGGCUUGGGGAAGGCGGUGAAAUCACUGAUUGCUGAUACUUUGAAGGGGACAAGAGGUGUUUCAGUAGAUAAAGCUUGGUUAUGCAGUUCAACGCGAGAACAACCUAUGAGGGGUAACACUAUUUUGUCUGAUCGAAGGAACUUUGUGAAUCUCAGAGUAUCAGAUGCAAGAGUUGUAAAACAGAGCACUUGUCAUGCAUCAGUGUUUGGCGAAUCAUGUUCAUUCAACGAGUUACUUGAUUGUUUGUUUAUGCUUAAGGAUAUCUCCACUAUGCUGUUGGCAUGUCCACAUUCUGUUUGCGAGUCUCCUGAUAGUGAAAAACUAUUUUUUAGUUCAUUAGAAUCUGUUAAUACUCUUUCUGAUUGUAUAUUAAGAAAGUUACGGGGGUUACUCAUGAUUAUUUCUCUUGACUGUACAAAGUAUGAGCUACUAGAGGACGAAAACUUCAAUUCCUUACCAAAGCAAAACAAAGAGAUACUUGGUGCUUCUAACCGUAAGAAAAAAGGAAAAAACCGUAAAGUGAAGAAAUCAAAUCCUUUGCCAAAGCCUACAACCGGCAGUUUAAGGCUUGUUAAAAGUACUGAGGAUAAGGGAGACACAUUCAUGUGUGGUGAUAAUGUACACAGUAGUUCGUCUACUGGAUUAGUUGAUAGAUUUCAGUGUGCUAAUGCACAAAGUAGUUUGCCUAGUGGAUCGGUUGACAGAGAACAACAGAAGGAUCUUGAUAAAGAGAGUCUCACAUCUUUGAUUGAUAUGGUUGGACAUGGUGAAGGACCAGAUAGUCAAACUGUUAGAAGUGCUUCAAGGAAGAAAAGGAAAGAAAGAAACAAGAUUAAAAACCCAAGUUUGAUAACUUCUGGGGAAGAUGGUAAAUAUCAGAAAAGAAAUUCUCAGAAGUCCUUUAUUUCUGUCAACUCCCGAGAUGGGGAUCCAAGGUCUGAUUGUGUCGCUGUAGUAAACUCAGUUGGUCAAAGUGGAUCAAAAGAUUCUUGUAUUGACAAUGAGAAACGUGAAUUGGAAAUGAGCAUUCCGAGUCGAAGCGGUGUGGAUUGUGGCUCUGCUGGUUCUUUUGAAGGUUGCAGGAAUCCCCAUUUGAUAAACCAUUUGCCCACAGAGGGGGUAAUGGGAAAUGGAACGGUAGCUGUUGCAAUAGAAACUACCAAUAGGGAUGACGAUUCUGGUGUAUCUUCUGUAAUGCCUGUGAUUGAAUCUCAACUCUCCCACUCAAACUGCAAGGAGUUUAAAAAAUUGAACAACAAAUCAGGUUUUCUUGAGCAACAAACCAAAGUUAGUGAUCCCAACAAAAAAUUUAGCUCCUUAAAGGAGCAAGGAACUGUUGAUGUUUAUGAUACAGGGUCGAUGCCUUCUCCAUCUUAUGUUUCGUAUGAGUGGCCCAGUGUAGCUCCUAUUCAUCUUUCAUGCGGUGAUUCACAUCUCCCACGGGCUACUGAUAGAUUGCACCUUGAUGUCAGUCACAACUGGAAAAGUCAUUUUCGUCAUUCUUUUCUACGCAAUGUACGUCAUGUAAGAAAUUCUUCAAUUGAAACAGGAUGCCCUGGAAUCAUAUCUGGACCUUUGUCAAUGAGUUUAGAUUGGCCCCCAAUGGUGCGCAGUAUCAAUAGACUUGCUGCUCCAUCAGUAACAUGCAAUUAUGAUGCUGGAUUUAUCUCUAGGAGAACUUCUUUCAAGCAGGAUAUAGCAGCCCAAAGCAUGCACUGCAAUGCGGCGAGUACUGAGGAUGAAAGGGUGUAUUCUGGUGACUUAAUGGACGUCUCCGAUCUUUCAAAUUCACAUGAAUUGGGUGAAGACCAUGAUUAUCACUGGAUGUCUGAAGAAGAGUUAGAGGUACAUGCUGUUUCUGGGGUGGACUAUAAUCAGUACUUUGGAGGUGGUGUUAUGUAUUGGAAUCCUUCUGAUUAUCUCGGUACUAAUUUUUCACGUCCUCCCUCUCUUAGCUCAGAUGAUAGUUCAUGGGCAUGGAGGGAAGCAGACAUGAAUAGGGCAGUUGAUGAUAUGGUUGCCUUCUCAUCUUCCUACAGUACAAAUGGUUUGACUUCUCCAUCUGGUGCUUCCUUUUGCUCCCCAUUCGAUCCUUUAGGUUCAGGUCAUCAGGCUCUUGGUUAUGUUAUACCAGGAAGUGAGAUUACCAGCAAGGUUCUGCAGUCAGCAUCGGCAGCAGAUCUAGUGACAGUAGAGAAUGCUUCAGGAUCCUUGUCCAAUUUGUCUGCUGAAGGUGAAGCAAAGUCUGUGGAUUCACUUCCGUACCCCAUUCUACGACCCAUUGUCAUUCCCAAUAUGUCCAGGGAGAGAUCCAGAUCAGAUUUUAAGCGCAGUCAUGAUCAUAAAAGUCCUUGUGUCCCUCCCAGUAGGCGGGAGCAACCUAGGAUCAAGAGGCCUCCAUCACCUGUUGUCCUCUGUGUUCCACGUGCUCCUCAUCCACCACCUCCUUCUCCAGUUGGUGAUUCUAGAAGGCACAGAGGUUUUCCAACAGUUCGGUCUGGUAGCUCCAGCCCCCGGCAGUGGGGUGUCAAAGGUUGGUUCCAUGAUGGAAUCAAUUUUGAAGAAGCAUGUAUACGUAUGGAUGGUAGUGAAGUAGUUUGGCCUGCUUGGAGGAGUAAAAGUCUCUCAGCCCAUCAGUUAACACAACCUCUACCUGGAGCUUUGCUCCAGGAUCGCCUCAUCGCAAUUUCACAGUUAACCCGCGAUCAAGAACAUCCAGAUGUUGCGUUCCCACUUCAACCUCCCGAAGCGCUGAACUCUACUGCAAAGAAGGCCUGUCUCGCAAUGAUCCAUAGUCUCCUUCACGACGAAAUAGAGAGCUUCUGCAAACAGGUUGCCUCUGAGAAUCUGAUCAGGAAGCCUUACAUUAAUUGGGCUGUAAAGCGUGUUGCACGUUCUCUACAAGUAUUAUGGCCUAGAUCUCGUACAAACAUUUUUGGUUCAAAUGCUACUGGGUUGUCACUCCCAUCGAGUGAUGUGGACCUUGUGGUUUGUCUUCCUCCUGUGAGGAAUCUGGAACCAAUUAAAGAAGCUGGGAUCUUAGAGGGGCGAAAUGGGAUCAAAGAAACUUGCCUUCAGCAUGCAGCUAGAUAUCUGGCUAACCAGGAGUGGGUAAAAAAUGAUUCUCUGAAGAUCGUGGAAAAUACUGCUAUCCCGAUUAUAAUGCUUGUGGUGGAAGUUCCACAAGACCUCAUUUCUUCGUCUCUAUCAAACUUACAAAUGCCAAAAUCUGAACCAACUCAGUUGACUGUUGAAGAAGGCAAUACUUUUCAGGCUGAUUCGACUUGUUCGGAUUCCUCAUCUUCGCCGCAGUGGUCUAAGGCGAAUGAAUGUGCGAAGGAUGUCAAAGCCGUUCGACUUGAUAUUAGUUUUAAAUCACCUUCACAUACAGGAUUACAGACCACAGAGCUGGUAAAAGAGCUCACAGAACAGUUUUCUGCUGCCACACCUCUUGCUUUGGUGCUAAAACAGUUCCUAGCAGAUCGCAGUCUUGACCAGUCAUAUUCAGGCGGUUUGAGUUCAUAUUGUCUAGUACUAUUGAUCACACGGUUUUUGCAGCAUGAACAUCAUCACAGUCGACCAAUUGACCAAAACUUGGGGAGCCUCCUGAUGGAUUUUUUCUACUUCUUUGGGAAUGUGUUUGAUCCUCGUCAAAUACGUGUCUCAAUACAGGGAAGCGGCUUAUACAUAAAUAGAGAACGAGGGUGCAGGUGUGGCAAAUGCAUUGAUCCAAUUUGCAUUGAUGAUCCUCUGUACCCAACCAAUAAUGUGGGGCGGAACUGCUUUCGCAUACACCAAUGCAUUAAGGCAUUUGCAGAUGCUUAUUCUACGCUGGAAAAUGAGAUACCUUCUCUUCCUAGCAACGAUGAAUCUAAUGCGGUACCUCAAGUUAAGCUGCUCCCAAGAAUUGUUCCAAGCAUUGGGGUGUCUGAGGUGUCUUAGUAUCAGAAGUUUUGCAUCUUGAAGAUUUCCUUUUCAAAUUUAUGUUGCAGACUUCUAGCAAAUUGCGAUUAAAUUGUUUGGUAUAAUGACAUGGGUUGGGAUUCUGCCUUUAAAAUUGGGACCAACUUCCACUGGAUGUCAGAACCAAGGAACAGUUAAAGAGCUACUCCAUUCAAUAGAAUCAAGCAGUGUCUGAACUCGACCAUGUCAAAUAUAGAAUGACUGAUUGACAUGUUGGAGACCAUUUAUUGUUACCUAGUUCGUCUUGAAAGUUAUUCCAAGGUUAGAGAACUCUCCACUCGUUACAAUUUUGACUUUCACCAAAUUAGAAUUUUGUAUUUUAAAAACUUUUGAUGCCUUCGUUGAAUGGACAUUCUGAGACAAUAUGCCAUAUCUCACUCAACCUCCAUGUUACGAUUUGGACCUUCGCGUAACUCAACUCCAAAAGUGAGCUCAUAAGGAUUGGACUGCGGAGCGUGGAUAACAUAAUAUGGGAGCCAAUAUCAGGUAAAGGAAGAGUUAAGUGGGUCUGGCUCUGGUACCAUGUAAGAGAUGGUGGUCUCCGCGCCCUGUUGAUAACAGUGGUGGCUGGGCCUUGCGCCAUUGAGCGCAUGUCAACUACUUCACAGAGUAUCUGUUUACCUUCACCAGCACAGGCUCAUGGUCAAAUUGGAAAAGGAAGCUUUUAGCUGCCCCUGAUGUGUUGAGCAUAAUUGGAAAAGGAAGCUUUUAGCUGCCCCUGAUGUGUUGAGCAUACUCGAAUUGAAGCUACGUUACUUCAGAAGGGGGCUGAUGCUGGUUGAAGUUAUGCUUUCCUUGCUGCUGGCAAUGCAACUUGCUGUUCUGAUUUAUGGGUAAGAACUGGGCAUUGUCGGCUGGCUCCAAAGAGUAGAGGAUCCUCUCUUCUACUAUUUUAUUCCUUUUCACUUGUCUUUGCUUACGUUCUCCUUCCUCUCUCCUCCAACGGCCCCUCCCCCAUGUGUUGAUAUUAAUUGCAAGAAGGGAUCCUGCACUUGUGCAAGAAGAUACGAGGCCAAAGUUUAAUCGUUUAGAAAAGAAAGAGAAAACAGAGAGGUAGAGUUUCUGUAUAUUCAUAUUAUUUUGUUGCUCAGGCAUAACAAUUAAGCUGAGCUGGUGCUGUCUAUGCUUAAAAGAUGACCUCUUGGUAUUGCAUUUGGACUGAAAUGUGUCCAACUAGAACGGAGUGGAUGCAGAAGAUUUAUGUAAUCGAUCUCGACUAGUUUGACAUAAGAACGAACUCGUCAUUGUUGUAUUUUUGUUGGUGUAUUCUCUUCAUUGACAAAUGAUGUAAUACUAUCCUGGUGACUAUUAAAUUACCAGCACGGGCUCAAAUAAAUUGUAUGAAAUAAUAAUCAUUAUAUAUUUAACUCUUGGUUCAUCUAAUAUUUAUGCA